CAUUUGCGUUAGAGUAUGAGGUCAGGGUUUUGUCAACACAGCGGUGUAUUAUCUACAAAAGAACUAAACUGUGAUACUAAAAACCACUUCGUGGCACCACAGUUGGCGUGGCACUACAGUUGGAUGCCAUUGCCUUUAUGUAGCAACAAUAUGUCUAUCAACCCUGGUGUUAAUAAUGGAGACUUAAGCUAUCUAUGCCUGGGUGGUCUCAAACGAAGUGACAGCCAAAUAGAAUUUCAGUUGCUUGCAAAGAGGGAAGCAGAGGGUGCCCUCGUACAUGAGCUUGAAAAACUUAAAGCAACAGCGAAGAAUGAUCAACAAAGGGCGGAACUUGAAAAGGACUUCCAAGGGUUUCAACAUCUCUUCCAUAGAUUCCUUCAAGAUAAAGGACCUUCAAUUUACUGGGACAAAAUUCGAACUUUACCAAAAGAUGCUAUAAUUCCAUACAAUAACAUACAAGGGGAGUGUUUAGAUGACAAUGCAAGGGUGAAGAAGUUACUGGAUAAGCUUGUGGUGGUGAAACUGAAUGGGGGUCUUGGUACAAGCAUGGGGUGUAAGGGACCCAAGAGUGUGAUCAGUGUCUGUAAUGAACUCACGUUCCUUGAUUUGACAGUACAACAGAUUGAGCACCUUAACAAGAAGUAUGACUGUGAUGUCCCUUUGGUUCUUAUGAAUUCUUUUAAUACUGAUGAAGAUACCAAAAAAGUGCUACGUAAAUACACCUCCUGUCAAGUCAACAUAUACACUUUUAUGCAGAGCAAGUAUCCACGCAUCAAGAAAGAAUCCUUACUACCUGUAGCCAAUGAUGUAGAUUGUACGGAAGCAGGCAUUGAAAAUUGGUAUCCUCCUGGUCACGGCGAUGUCUAUAACUCCUUCUAUAAUUCAGGGUUACUCGAUGGAUUUAUUGAAAAGGGGAAAGAAUUUAUGUUCAUGUCAAAUAUUGACAAUCUUGGUGCAACUGUUGAUAUCAAUAUAUUACAGCAUGUUUUAGGUAAGAGAGAUUGCGCAGAAUUUGUGAUGGAAGUAACAGACAAGACAAGAGCAGACGUAAAGGGUGGUACAUUGGUUCACUAUGAAAAUAAACUGAGACUGUUGGAAAUUGCACAAGUUCCAAAAGAACAUGUUGAUGAGUUCAAGUCCAUUACAAAGUUCAAAAUAUUUAAUACUAACAAUUUGUGGAUUAGUUUACGAGCCAUCAAACGUGUCGUCGAAGCCAAAGAUCUGAAUAUGGAAAUAAUUGUCAACAACAAGACAAUGGAUAAUGGCCAAGGUGUUAUUCAACUGGAGACUGCAGUAGGUGCAGCAAUUUGCAGUUUUAAUGGUUCUCACGGUGUUAAUGUACCAAGGAAUCGAUUUCUGCCAGUUAAGAAGACAUCUGAUCUGCUCCUUGUUAUGUCCAAUCUGUAUGACAUGAAGGCAGGGUCGCUGACCAUGAGUGGACUCCGCCAAUUCCCAAGCACCCCCCUCAUCAAGCUAGGAACUCACUUUGAUAAGGUUCGUUCUUUCUUGUCGAGGUUUGCUAGUAUACCUGAUAUGUUAGAUCUUGAUCACCUGACUGUGUCAGGUGAUGUUACCUUUGGCAAAGGUGUUAUACUAAAGGGAACGGUGAUCAUUAUUGCAAAUCAUGGUGACAGGAUUGAUAUACCAUCUGGAUCGUUGCUGGAGAACAAAAUCGUUUCGGGCAACCUACGUAUUCUAGAUCAUUAACCAGCCAAUCUGUGUAGGAGAUUGUUUUACCGUUGUCAGUAAUAAUUCUUGCAGUGUGCCGAGCGGCCUUAACAACGAUUUUAAUUAGUUGAUGCACUUCAAUGAAUCAGCUGAAAGGGAAUUUUAGUUACACAAUCCAAGGUGCUGAAAAUAUUUGGCAGCCAUAAUGGCAAUAGUUUCCCCUACAUCUUUCCACUAACUGGUUCCCAAUACUGUUGAAUUCCUUGGGACAUGUUGAAGGUUUUCACAGAUUACCAAGUCUAAGUAUACUCACUGUUGAUAUUUCACCAAAGGAUAAUAAUAAUAAUAUUAAUAAUAAUAAUAAUAAUAAUAAUAAUGGUCGACUUAUAGAACGCAUAUUAUCGAGACCUCUAUGCGCUUAACAUGAAAAUGAAAAAACGUACCAAGAAAGUACAGUAAUACUUAAUGUAACUAUCCUAUUCCCUAAACUAAUCAUGGUUUGGCCGUUGGCUCCAAGGAGCUCAUCCACCCUUUGUCCAUAUAUUUUUUUUAAUUGCUGCUGGGUGACCGAUUCACUCUCUCACCCAAAGGCUGCUAAGGUUGUAGAUGGAGCUGCCAGUUAGUCACUGGUGAUUCGAGUGGAUCAUUUUAAUGUCAUACCCAGGUCAUUUUAACUAAAACUAAUCUUAACUACCUAAAACUAACUUAAACAUAAACUGGAGGUAAAAUUAUCCCCCGCUGGACACCAUCCCGGUAUUUCCACAUAAAGGUUUCAGGGUUAAACUUGUAGAAAUUAUGUAUAAGAUUAUAUGUAUAGAUGAAGGUUUACCAUGAAAAGUUAAACAUCAAAGCUAUUUGGUUAUUAAUAAGUCUUCUAAUGAUUAGCAUAAGGUAUUUAUUACACUGUUGUAAAACAAAAAUGUUAUGUUACUACUUGUUAUUCUUUUAUUAUGUUAUAAUUUUAUUCAUAUAAUAUUUUUUAUUUAUUUUUUAUAAUUUGCAUGAAAUUUUCAUUUUUGUUUAUCUUAUUUGUUGAUCAGCACGAAAACGACAAAUAUGGAGGGGUCUGUCUGACUGAUAACCAAUCAAUAUUACAUUCUGACAUUCAGAGAUUUUAAAUAUAUAUUAUAGUAAACAGCUGAAAUUGUACAUAGGAAUAUUAUGAUGGUAUUAUGAACAUCAUACAAAUUUUAGAAUACAUAAAUUAUGUCUAUUGAUAAAUAAAAUUAGGAAAAAUGAUUACUAUGUUACAAAAUUAUUAACAUUCAAAUAUGUGAUUGUGUUUCUUUUAUUAUUGAUAUUUGUUUUAAUUGGAAAGUUGAUAAAGUUUUGAAAGCAAAGUUUGAUUCCUAUGAUCCAUGUUUGUACUGUGCUUGGUUGUCCCCAUUAACCCAGUGAAAUGGGCAGUGCCUCCAGUAUGCUGUCACAUAGCCCCACAGUGGUUGAGUGGAAAAAACAUGAAAAAUUCUAAUGAAUCGUAAUUUUGAAUAAUAAUGCCUCCGGGGAAUUGAGUAUAUUGUAUUUGAUACAGCUAUUGUAUGUGCUAUUAUAGGUGCCACAAAUGCUGUGCGUUGCCAUCAUCCACAGAACUGCUUGUAAUAUUCCGGAAACUGCUCAGAAAUAUUUCCAGUUGAAACCAGGGACAGAUCCAGAAAAACUUAAAGGGUUUGGCUAUGUUGACAGAAAAAAUAAGUAUAUAUUUAGGCUGUUAUAUGCCUAGUGAUGAAAACAUAUCUGACUAAUACUUCAGGGGGAUUAAUGCCUAAUUAAAAGUGGUGCUUGAAAAGAA